UGUAACCGGACAGCAUCUCCAUGUGCAGCCCUGGUAUAAGUUUUUUUUACUCAUCCUGAUUCGAGAAAACAAUCAAGACCAUGGCAUCAAUAUCCAAAUCAUCCCAAUUUUCCUUCUUCUCCACCAUAACUUUCUUGGUUUACAACCUGCUUGCUUGUGCUACCUUCAUAACUUCGAUUCCUGACAGUACUACUAGCGGUGCAGGAUUCAAAGAAGCACAGGCCCUUCAGAAAUGGAAAGCCAGUCUUGACAAUGAAAGCCAAUCCCUCCUGAGUUCAUGGAAUGGAGACACCCCUUGCAAAUGGGUUGGAGUUGAUUGUUACCAAGCUGGUGGCAUUGCCAAUUUAAGUCUUCAGAAUGCAGGUUUGAGAGGUACAAUUCAUAGUCUUAAUUUCUCGUCCUUCCCAAGCUUGAUGAAGCUUAACCUCAGUAACAAUUCACUCUAUGGAACCAUUCCUUCACAAAUUAGUAACCUUUCCAGGCUCACCAUCCUUGACUUGUCUUACAAUGAUAUUUCAGGAAACAUUCCAUCUGAAAUAAGCUUCUUAAAAAGCCUCAGAAUAUUUUCACUAUCCAAUAAUGAUAUGAAUGGUUCCUUCCCUCCAGAAAUAGGAAUGAUGAGUUCACUUUCCGAAAUAAAUUUAGAAAACAAUCAUCUCACGGGUUUUCUCCCUCAUUCUAUAGGAAAUAUGAGCCACUUAUCCAAAUUUCUUGUAUCUGCUAAUAAACUCUUUGGUCCCAUACCAGAGGAAGUUGGAACGAUGACAUCUCUUGCAGUUCUAGACCUGAACACCAACAGCCUAACCGGUGUUAUUCCUAGGUCCAUAGGAAACUUAACCAACUUGUUAAAACUUUGCCUUUAUGAAAACAAACUCUCUGGUUCCGUUCCUGAGGAAGUAGGGAACAUGAGAUCUCUCCUUUACUUUUACCUAUGUGAUAAUAAUCUCAGUGGCAUGAUACCAUCUUCUAUAGGAAACUUGACAUCUCUCACUGUCCUAGACCUUGGACCUAAUAAUCUAACCGGUAAAGUCCCUGCUUCAUUAGGAAAUUUGAGAAACUUAUCCCACCUUUACCUUCCAUAUAACAACCUUUUUGGUUCCUUGCCUCCAGAAAUAAAUAACCUUACACAUUUGGAACAUUUGCAAAUAUAUUCUAAUAAAUUCACUGGACAUCUACCCCGAGACAUGUGCCUUGGGGGAUCCCUUUUGUUUUUUGCUGCCUCGGGCAAUUAUUUUACUGGACCUAUCCCAAAAAGUUUGAGAAAUUGCACCAGCUUGUUGAGAUUCAUGCUUAACAGAAACCAAAUUAGUGGAAAUAUAUCUGAAGAUUUUGGCAUAUACCCACAUUUAUACUACAUGGAUUUGAGUGAUAAUGAGCUUUAUGGUAAACUUUCAUGGAAAUGGGAGCAGUUCCAUAAUCUGACAACUCUAAAAAUCUCGAGAAAUAAAAUCUCUGGUGAAAUACCGGCUGAGCUAGGAAAGGCAUCUAAUCUCAAAGCACUUGAUCUCUCUUCAAACCACCUAGUUGGUCAAAUUCCAAUUGAAGUGGGAAAGUUGAAGUUGCUUGAACUUAAGCUCAGCAAUAACCGACUUUUAGGAGAUAUUUCUUCAGUGUUUGAAGUGUUGCCUGAUGUUAAAAAACUUGACCUAGCAGCAAACAAUUUAAGUGGACCAAUUCCCAGACAGAUUGGCAUGCACUCUCAAUUAUUAUUCUUGAAUCUGAGCAAGAAUAGUUUCAAAGGGAUUAUUCCUGCAGAGAUAGGGUAUUUGCGCUUUCUUCAAAGUCUUGAUCUUAGUUGGAAUUCUCUGAUGGGAGACCUACCACAGGAGCUCGGAAACCUGCAACGGCUAGAGUCCUUGAACAUUUCCCACAACAUGCUGUCUGGUUUCAUUCCAACCACUUUUAGUUCUAUGCGAGGCAUGACAACCGUGGAUGUUUCCAAUAAUAAGUUAGAGGGUCCGAUUCCUGACAUCAAAGCCUUCCAUGAGGCUCCAUUUCAAGCAAUUCACAACAAUACCAACCUAUGUGGCAAUGCUACUGGUUUGGAGGUCUGUGAGACACUCCUAGGAAGCAGGACUUUGCAUAGAAAGGGAAAAAAAGUUGUCAUUUUGAUUACACUCCCUCUGUUGGGAUUUUUAUUUUUUCUUUUCACCUUGAUUGGAGGUUUCUUCAUUCUCCGGCAGAGAAUUAGAAGUAGACGAAAAAUGUCAAUGGAACGCGGAGAUCUGUUCUCGAUAUGGGGCCAUCAAGGUGAAAUAAAUCAUGAGGACAUCAUUGAGGCAACAGAGGGAUUCAACCCCAGCCAUUGUAUUGGAGCAGGAGGGUUUGCAGCUGUCUACAAAGCUGCCCUGCCAACAGGGCUAGUGGUGGCUGUGAAGAAAUUUCACCAAUCACCAGAUGAUGAGAUGAUAGGUUUGAAAGCUUUUACAAGUGAGAUGCAUUCCUUAUUGGGUAUACGCCACCGAAACAUCGUGAAGCUGUAUGGCUUCUGUUCACAUAGAAAACACUCUUUUUUGGUUUAUGAAUUCCUUGAAAGGGGUAGUUUGAGGACUAUUCUAGACAAUGAGGAACAAGCAAUGGAGAUGGAUUGGAUGAAAAGGAUCAAUCUUGUGAGAGGAGUGGCCAAUGCUUUGUCCUACCUGCACCACAAUUGCUCACCUCCGAUCGUUCAUCGAGAUAUUUCAAGCAACAAUAUUCUCUUGGAUUCAGAAUAUGAGGCUCAUGUGUCCGACUUUGGCACAGCUAGGCUAUUAUUGCCUGACUCAUCUAAUUGGACCUCCCUUGCAGGUACCGCUGGGUACACAGCUCCAGAGUUGGCCUACACAAUGGAAGUGAACGAAAAAUGUGAUGUCUAUAGCUUUGGAGUGGUAGCUAUGGAAAUCAUGAUGGGAAGGCAUCCAGGCGAUUUCAUUUCAUCCUUGUUGUCAUCAGCAUCCUCAUCAACAACAGCGGCAACUUCUCAGAAUACGCUCUUCAAGGACAUAUUAGACCAGCGCCUCCCGCCUCCUGAACAUCGGGUUGUAGCAGGUGUGGUCUAUAUUGCAGAACUAGCAUUUGCUUGCUUGAAUGCUGUUCCCAAAUCUAGGCCAUCGAUGAAACAAGUUGCUUCGGAUUUCUUAAUUCGAUGGCCCCCAUUGUCAUAGCCAUUCUCCAUUGUAGAAUUGAAAGAUGUUUUGGUUCACAGAAAUGCCUCAGGCUGACUGUACUAUUUAUGAUCAAGUUUAAUUUCCUAGUUAAAAUGUAUAAACUGUUUUUCAAAAUCUUAGCAAAUUCUGUCCCGCGCUUCACAGCGGGCAAUGUUUGUCGGGAAGUAGUAAAUUUUUGGGAGUAAGU